AGCGAGCGCUGUGUAUUGACACUAUACAAGUGCGCUGCCAAUGGAAACAGGCGGAAGAAUAGGAAGCAAUGACACAUUGCCGGCAGUAGGACAUUGUUUGAAAUUAGGUAAUUUUUAAUUGUAAGAAAACUCUGAAACUUAAUAUACCUAGAGCCAAAGUUGGUAAUACACUCAUGGGAAUUUGACUUAAAAGAGAAGGCCUACUACAGGUACUACAGUUGAACUAGUAGACUCUAAGGAGCAUUCUACGCUUCGACAAACAUUUGGGUAACGUUGAAGUACCCCGACAACAACAGGUAUCCCGUAGACUUUAAUGGAUUUCAGGGUCAGGCUUAGCAAGUAAAAGUCCAGAAUCAUUAUCACUGUAGAGCUUCACUGAAACGUUGACAUUACCUCACGUUGCGUCGAUUUUCACAAACCGAUUAAAACAGAGAGCAAGUGACCUUUGUAAGGGGCAAAUAUUUAGCAACGUACUCGGAACUUAACCAUGGUCGAUUAACCAGCGUCAGGAAGGGAAAUAAGAAAGAGAAAAUGAAGCGCGCGGAGCCCCUUAUUACCGUCCGCCAGAACAAGCGCACGUCUUUCAAGACGAUGUCGCAAAUGAGCGGGGACGACAUCCAAACCCUAAAGCGGACGAAGAAGAGCGAAAUAAGCCACGAGGCCCUAUGUUAUAACGUGGCCGCCAACAGGGCGCUUAAAAAGCAACUGAGCCAAUGGCAUAGAGAACAUAACAUAAUCGUUGGCAAUAUCAAACGAGGACAGCACUCUGUUUACAAGACGAUGCUCAGAGUGAACAUGGACAAGAAACGACUUCAGUAUGAAGCGUACAAAAAAGAGCAAGAAAAAUACAGGGUUAUCAUGAGCCAAAACAAAGAAAAGAUUAACUUGAUGGUGCUGGACAAGUUAUCUCAUUCGGACACAUCUGAUCCGAAAGGAAAGGGCAGCAAAAUCGUUUCUUUGUAUACGGAUGCGAAAGGAGACCCCAGUUCGUCCACAAAACCCCAAAGUUCAAAAGGACAUAAGGAGCAUGAGAACAGUGUGGGUUUAACCUUGGAUUUGGCAGACUCAAGAGGAUUUUACCUAAGUACGAGCCACGGUGCUAAUAUUGACAGUGACACCGCUCGGUGCAGUAAUGCAGAAACAAACACAAAUACUGCCUCACCGACCAAACCGACUCCUUGUGCGGUGCGUGAUACCACGAAAAUAAACCCAUUAAAGAUCGAGGACAAGGACGCGGUUUCUGUUCCUAAUCACCCCUUCAGCGGUUCAAAUGACAACGUAAAAAGCAGCAGCGAUUUUGAUGGGAAUUCAGACACAGGGAAAAACAGAUUUGAACGUAAAACAAAAGUUGUAGAAGUGACUAAGGAUUCGACCAAACCUCUCGUAAGAGAGAAGUCGGAAGGAGAAAUCCAAGUGAAAAAUAAAACAUCUUCCAGCAGACUUAAAUUGCCGCCUUUGAAUGAAACAGUCACGCACUCUUUACCCAAUAAAGGGACUACCUCAAAACACGAUGAAACAGACAGCAAAGCAACAAAACCUGACAUUCUCAAAAUUGGACAAAAACGCUGUACAUUAAAAACUGAGCCUUCCCUAAGAAAGCUUUCCAUAAUUGACGAGAGUAAUGAAUCGUCACUGAAUGGCUCGGUGAAAAAUUUAAACUUGAUUUCCGCAGCCAGCGAUACUUCUCCAGUAUUACCUAUGUGUGAGCAUAGAAAAAACACAAAACAAGUUACUUCGCAGCAAAAUGAUUUCCAGUUAUUAACAAGUCCUUCCUUAUCGUUUUCUGAUAGGAAACAUUCUGUUAGUUCUACCAGCUCAAAUAAGGACAAGAAAUUCAGCUUUGUGGAAUACAAUAAGAGAAAAAGAAAAGAGCGAGAGCGAAAAGUGAAAGAAGCCUUAUCAGGGCUGCCUCCCAUAUAUGUCAAAGACGAACAGGGCAACGUUGUUCCUCAUCACUUGGAAUUCAGAAGAGCAGAGUUCAAACUACCAACAAAUGCGAAAAAGAGACAGUUGCAGCAACUUCGUGAGGCCGAGAUGUUGCACGGGAAUCAUAUUGGUGAUAAACUACACGAUUUUCAUCAAAAGUAUAUCAAAGAAGACGACAUGAGGAAGCAAGCACUCCGAGAAGCAGCAGAACAGAAAAAAAUGGAAGAACCCGAUCCAUCAAAAACGGAAGUCAAACCAACCAGGAUGCUCGGCCUCGGAGCGGCGUGGAGCACAGCUCUCGCAAACACGACUGCAAAGUUCAUGAAGAGUGACCUUGAUCCAAAUUCCAGCGAAGGGCUUCAACAGUGCGGUUAUCUGAGAAGCUUUGACGUUGAUUUAAAGUAUGAAAUGAAAGCAAAAGGAGAAAGUUACACCAAGAGAUCAAGUUGGAAAUCGAAAGCAUUGUAAGAACUUCUCAUGGGUCGAAAGCUUUAAGGCAGUGUCCAAACCAUUGUGUUUGUCACAUCUGUAGCAAUCGGAGAUCGUGCCGUCAUGUCGUGAAGAUGUUAUUCCGUCUUCUGUCGUUUCUUCACCUAGAUUUUUAUUCCAAAAAGUGGUGCGAGUAAUGAUAAACAAGAACAAUUUGUAAAAAAUGUAACGUUACAACUGAAAUAAUUUUUACUUUACUGUUUUGAGAAAGUGUACUUCUAGGUUUUUACACAAACUUUUAAUGCAGAUUUUUUUUCUUUAAUCGACCCGAAGGUCUAUGAACGAGAGUUUUUUUUCAUACAUGUACGUUUUUUUUGCAACGGACCAUACUUAACACCAUGUUUGGUGGCAAGACAUUUUCUUUCUUUUAAGAGGGUGGCGUGAGCUCAAACCUAGUUAAUAACGAGAAGUUAAGAAACAAUUCCUAUUAUCGAUUGGGAUAAAAUGGAGCCAUAAAUGGCCUUAACACUAACGCGACUUAAUUGUCGAUUGUAACUCAGAA